CAACUCGCAGGUCUUUCAGCCUUAUGUGUUGCGAACUCGCCGGAACAGUACAACAGUUAUGAGCCGUCACAGCAUGUUGCUGUCGUCAUCUCCUAUUCGUAUUCCUAGUAGCCGACUUCAUCAGAUCAGAAGGGAGGAAGGAGUGGAUUUAAUGAACAGGGAAACAGCACAUGAAAGGGAAGUGCAAACAGCAAUGCAGAUAAGCCAGUCAUGGGAGGAGAGCUUGAGCCUGAGUGACAAUGACUUGGACAAGUCUGAGAAAUCUUCCUCCCCGAAGAGAAUAGACUUCAUCCCAGUUUCGCCUGCACCGUCACCUACUAGGGGAAUAGGAAAGCAAUGUUUUUCACCAUCGCUGCAAAUGUUUGUGAGCAGUAAUGGAUUACCUCCAAGUCCUAUUCCCAGUCCAACAAGGCGGUUCUCCAGCAGAAGGAGUCAAAGUCCAAUCAACUGUAUCAGGCCCAGUGUUCUUGGCCCUAUUAAAAGAAAAGGUGAAAUGGAAACUGAAAGUCAGCCAAAGAGACUUUUUCAAGGAACAACCAACAUGCUUUCUCCAGAUGUUACACAUCUGACAGAUCUCAGUUCAUGCCUGUCUUCAGAUAUUCUUGAUGGGAGUAGCAGCAGUGUUGGCUCUUCGUCUGAUUCACUGACUAAAGGCAGCAUAACCACAGAGUCUCCAGUAACAUGCUCAAACUCAUGCUCUUCAUUCAUUUUGAUGGAUGAUCUCUCACCUAAGUGACUUAAUCAGUUCUGAGUCAGUGUUUGGCUGUGCUGUUCCCUUGCUGUACUCCUGUACAGAGAAACGAACUCUGAUCCUUGAACCAUUAACACAAGGAUUAAUAUUAAAUGGAAAAAUUAUUGUAACUGUAAUCCUUGGCAACUUUCCAGUGAUUUUGAUUUAUCCAUUUAAUGGACAUGUUAGACCAUAUUAAUGUCUGAUUUUGCGGAUUUAUUUUAUAAGCAAGAUGUCUGCUAAGAUUAUACUAACUUUUUUGCUUUCAAAAACUUGCAUACACUUUUUGAUUCCAAGAUAGGUGUCUACCUAUUAGUGUUGCAAUUUUUAGAAAAAUACUUCUAUCACUAUUGUGGUCACUAUGUCUAGGGAAAUGAUGUGAUUCAGAAGGAUUUGAAAAUAUUAACUUAUUCUCUGGCACUUCUACCAUUAGGUAAAGCUAUUCUAUUUGCUUUUUUUUUUUUCUUCCCUCCCCAAUGACUACCCUCAAAUUCUCUUGCAGAAGGGGAAAAAAAAUGAGAUAUAUAUAUUUUUUUUUUUCCUAGUGCUACCAGUCAUUUCUUUUGAUAGAGAAGACCACUAUGGGUCUGGAAAUCUCACUGUCUUGCAUUUUGAAAAAAAUAGUGACUGGUACUUUUGCCAUCAGUGGAGGAAAUAACAAUGCUCUAUGAACGUGAUUAAAAUAGCUGCAUAGUUCUCUCCCCAGACCCUUCAUCCUACAGAUGAUAUGGAAUUUGGUCAAUUUUCGGAAGCAUUUGACCAAGGAAGAUUAAUCCAUGCCUCGAUCGAAGACAUACAGUGCAAAUAACUAAGUUAUUGAAACUACUGUGUAGGGGAACAUGUAUGGCACCAUCAAUGUCUCCUGUGGCAUUGAGGUCAUAGGUAUUUGUGCCUUAGGGGACAUUGUUACAAAAUUAUGGAAUGUAAACGUGAGGGGUGGGUGGGAAAAGUCCUUUGUGUACAGCUUGUUUAUAGAGUGCUUACCAGAAUCUCUCGUCAGUGCUGCUUUCCUUAGUGUUCCCCUCCAAGGUAUGUGCUCCGUUGCAAGGUGCUGUGGGCAGUCCCAACCAUGCUGUGAGACGGCAGCCUAUAUAAUACCUUUUGAAGCCGCUGUGUACAGCAUUUAUGCCUUUGUUUGUCGUGAGCAGGGCAAACAGCUAAAAUGAACGUUUGAUUUCUAAGGAAAGACUUUGAAGUUUGGAUUGCAUACUAGCUCUGCAAAUUGUUUGACUAAGGAGUUAUAUUUGAGCUAUGAGUAGUCUUGAUACAGUACCUUGGUCAGUCUGAGGUAAGACAAUAGAUAUUUUACUUUUUAAAAAGACUUAACGGGGCAAAAUAAAUCCGUUUGUAAUCUACUGUGUUAUGCUAUUUAUUAUUUAUAACUAUGUAAAAAGUCUGUGGUGAUGAAUUAUAGUAUUUUUUUAUGAUUGAAUAAGUUUUUUAUGUUCAGUAAUUGCUGGCUGGUUUGUAUUUAAUACGCAACAUUGUCUGCCAGAAUCAUAAGCUUCCAUUUUUGAAUGUUUGUAAGUAACAGAAAUGCUUUUGUUAUCUAAAAGUACAACUUCUGAUCUUUUUUGAAAGAAAAUAGCACUGAAUUUAAGGAAAGAUUAUGUGCUUUAAAAGUGGGCACAGUCUCUGGCAAUACUGUCUGGCUAAAAAGGGGAGGGGGCGAGCCAUAGUGUUUUUUUUUCCUGUUCUGAAAAAACUGUCUAGUUUCCAGAAGACAUGUACGUACCAUGUUAUUUUUUAUAAGGUGUUUCCAUUAAACUGUAAGAAGUACCAUAAUGGGCCAACAGUGGCACUUUCAUUUGUAUUACCAUUUUAAUCUGUGGAGCGUUAGUUCCCCACCUCAAAUAAAUGUGCAUAAUGUAAAAAUAUUGUCCAUUGGUGCCAUUUUUAAAUGAGCUCUACAGUAUUGAAUGUUAAUUUUAUUUGUAUCUGCACAGUGCUAUUUCUUGAAUUUUUGAUGUCUUAAAUCGCUUUUUUAUUCAUGCUUGUAUUUUCUCUGCCUCCUUGAUACUAAAAGAAGGCUGCUUUUACAUUUACAAAGUACUGAUAAACAGUCUGUGGUAAAAUUCGACUUGUUAUUUGUGCCCCAGUUCCAUUAUACUAUGCGUUUAUUGGUUCUGUGAGUUAAGAAAUCUGAACCAGGGUGGCAGAAGGGGGAAGCCUAUUGCAUGCUUUCUUAAAACUGAGAAGAGCAUAGUUACUGCUUAUUUUUGGCUGACUUACCUGUACAAUUGCUGUAUUCCAGAUUUGUUUGUCAGUGGAGAGUCUUAUAUAAGUGCUGGCCUUUGUAAACAUUAGAAUGUAAACUUCAUAAAGCAAACGCACAACUAUCA